AUGCAUGCAACAACUCGAGGUGGAUUUAAAGACCUUGCACAUCCAUACUACAUAGUCAACAUUUUACUGAGUAUCUUAUUUUUUCUCACAAAGAAAAUGCCUUUCGUCUCUGAGUUGCUUUAUGAAAAUUCCAUGAUGGAAUUUGAUGACUUCCAAGUUAUUAUUCUCUUCGCCACUAUUAUCUCUCUUCGGCGUUCGAGACUGCUUUCUGUAACCGACUAUGUUGCCUAUUUCUGCAUGUUUGCUAAAGCUUCUAAUCUAAUCCUAUUCUACCAUCAAAGUCUCUCUCUUGCAACUGCCUAUGCGGUACUAUGGCUUAUUCAAGCUUCACUUCUGUUUCAACCGGUUUAUAAUGGACCGGAAACUAUUUCCUACUUUCGUGAGGCCACCUUUAGGGAUACGGUGGAAACAGCAGAUCCCCGUAUUACGUGGUUUGUUGUUUUCUAUGCCGCCUGGUCUCCCGCGUGCAAUUCCUUAGCUCCUAUCUUUUCGGAGCUUUCUAAUGCCUAUUCAGGUUAUGAAGGUAUGCGUUUUGGAAAAGUUGAUGUUGGACGCUGCCCAAAUGUUGCUCAAAGAAUGGGCAUCGAUACAUCGAGUUGGUCCAAACAACUUCCAACAAUCAUUGUCUUUCGCGGUGGUAAGGAAAUCGAUCGACGACCAGGUUUCGGCCAGAAAUCAAAAAAGCUCAUCCCCUUUAACUUCAAUUGGGAUAGUAUUAUCAGGGCAUUUGAUAUGAACGAACUCUAUGCUCAAUGCAAACGCGAUGGUACCAAAAUCAAACGAACUGAAGUCGUUAAGAAGACCAAAGUUGAACAAACGGAGACAAAAAAAGAUAAGUAG